GUUACUCCAACCGUACUUCCAUCGACACCCAUCGUGGCUGCUGAUUAAUUCAAAACAAAACUCUCGCACCUUCUCCAUACCAUAACCCACGGAUUUAUAUAUUGACUAGGAGACUCGAUCCAGCUGCGAUGUUUUUCCUUCUGUCAGGGCUAUCUUGGCGCCUCCAUCUUAGUUGCCAGGCUAUCAUGAUGACAAGAUGACUUCCACACUUAGAAAUUCCCCACCAUGGCAUGAGGGUGAGCUGAAGAUGCACAAUCUGCUCCAUGUCCCUCCGCGAGACAACCCCACAGUUCCAGCCUUAAGCUAUAAUGCUGGCUAUCUACUGCGAACCGCUCCACUUCUGGCUAUUGGAACGACAGAUCGCGAAGGACGACCUUGGACGAGCAUCUGGGGCGGCGAGAAAGGUUUCGCCAGACCGACUUCGCAGACCACGGUCGAAUUGAGUGCACCUGUUGACGGUAGACAUGACCCCGUGGCAGACAUACUGCUGAAAUCGCCCGGCGGGGACGUGAUCAAUUCCGAGCGCCGUACAAAACUGAUGUCUGGACUAGUCUUCGACCUCGAAAAUCGCAGAAGGGUCAAGCUUCACGGUAGGACGACCGAAGGGUCGCUAGACUCAAACUCAGGUCUGGACCAGGUGGAACUCGCUCACCUGACGUUGCACAUUGAUGCAAGUCUCGGAAACUGUCCGAAGUACAUGAACAAGAAGCAGAUCAUCCCUGCUCUCCCAGAUCCAAAGCCAGUAUCAAACUCGCCACAACUACCCCCACUGGCUGUAGAUCUACUUAAUCGUGCUGAUUGUUUUUUCAUGUCCUCGUCUCACGGCAUGACUGACAUGGACACAAAUAUUCGGGGAGGGUCCCCUGGGUUUGUGCGACUGGUGUCUAACGAGCCUCAUGGGGCUGUAUUUGCUUAUCCAGAAUACUCAGGCAAUCGACUAUAUCAAACUCUAGGCAACCUUCAAACUGAUCCUCGGGCAGGGUACGUCUUCCCGGACUUUGAGACGGGAAAUGCCUUGUAUGUCACCGGGGAGACGCGGAUUCUGGUGGGCAAGGAUGCAGCACGGGUGCUUCCGCGGUCCAACCUCGCGGUUGUGGUCACUGUCACCGCAGCUAAAUGUGUGGAAAAGUCCCUCGCCUUCCGCGGUGUUGCAGGGGAACCUUCUCCGUACAAUCCGCCGGUGCGGUAUCUGACUACAGAAAAAGUCAGCGCGGCUGACAUGAAGGGUGACAGCUCUAUCACAGCGACUCUCAUUCGGAAAGAGAUCCUGACUCCAGCCAUUUCCCGAUUUCGAUUCCGCAUCUCUGAUCCGGGCAAGCUUGGGACGUGGAUCCCAGGACAGUACGCAACACUGUCAUUUUGGGAUGAGCUAAACAUCGGCUACAGCCACAUGCGAGAUGAUGACCCAACUAGCCUCAAUGACGACUAUGUCCGAACUUUUACUAUUUCGUCUUCUCCAGGCGAGGGAAUAUCUGCAUCAGAGUUCGAAAUAACAGCAAGAAAACACGGUAAUGUGACUGGCUACCUAUGGGGGGUCAAUGAACGAGCUGGCCUCGAGGUGCCUCUAAAAGGGAUUGGGGGAGAAUUUCAGCUGAAACCAGCGGCGAACGAGACUUUGCCUUUCAUAGCAGGGGGCAUUGGAAUCACACCGGUGCUUGCCCACCUCCCAGGUCUCGAACUUAGUCGGUUGCAGCUACUAUGGACUAUCUCGAUCAGCGACGUGGGUCUGGUAUGGGAUACAUUCAAGCGGUUUCCCGCGUUGCCCAAAUCGACGUCAUUAUUUCUUACAGGGGCUGAUCCACUGGACGAACACACUGUGCGGCAGUAUGAGGCGGUGGUUGCAUCUGGAGUGCGAGUCCUACGGCGCAGAAUUGGCGCAGGAGACUUGGAUUUGUCGCUGGCCGAUACAUGGUAUUUCUGCGGCAGUCCGUCUUUGAAAAGUGCAGUGUUAGAGUGGCUCGCAGGUAAGAACGUAGUAUACGAGGAUUUCAACUAUUGACAUACAUAAUAUAUACGAUAUAUAGCAAUUGAAAGUG